GCCUGCCAGGUGCAGGUGCCCAUGUGCUUCAUUUGAAACAGAGCAACAACUUGAAGGAGCAGGAGAACUUAGCAAGGACGACGCCACUUACCAGAACAUCUGUCCUUUCACCAUAUUGCCCCAUCAGCCCCUUUGCCUGUAGAAGCAUUUUCUUGGGUCCAUUGACUUGUUGGGAGCAUCUCGCGCACUAUAAUUACAAGAAACAAGAUGCCGCCCAUUAGGGGGAAAGCAAGGGACGCCGUUGUGAGCAUGGAAACGGAUGCAAGGGGGGGUCCUGCAGGGCCGUCAAAUGCGGAGGGGGGUGCAGGGCCAGAGUUAAACCUCCCCCCCAAGCCGAAGUUUGCGCCCCUGUCAGCCAAGGAAAUGAGCGGAAAUAAGGUGGAGUUUAGAAAAAUACCGGUGCCCGCCCAUAGGUAUACGCCUUUGAAAGAGAACUGGCUGGCAAUAUAUAACCCCAUCUAUGAGACCAUGAAGCUGGACAUUCGGAUGAAUCUGAAGGCAAGGAAGGUGGAGAUCAAGACGCGAGCAGACACGGCAGACAUUUCGGCCCUGCAGCGGGCGGCGGACUUUGUCCAGGCGUUCAUCCUGGGCUUUGACGUCGGCGAUGCAAUCGCACUGCUCAGGCUCGACGAUUUGUAUGUGGAGUCGUUCGAGAUCAAGGACGUGAAAACGCUGCGGGGGGAGCACUUAUCCCGGGCCAUCGGGCGCCUCUCGGGGAAGAACGGCAGGACCAAGUUUGCGAUCGAGAACUCGACUAAGACGAGGGUCGUUCUGGCCGACACUAGAAUACACAUACUGGGGUCGUUUGCGAACAUUCGGGUGGCUAGGGAUGCGCUAUGUAGUCUGAUUCUCGGUUCGCCACCCGGGAAAGUGUACUCGAAGCUGAGGGCAGUGUCAGCAAGGCUCUCCGAGAGAUAGCCGUUGGACAUGCGGGUAAUGGUGAAAGCGAGUGGAAUAGACGGAGUCCAGUGUGUAUGUGGACGAUCUCCCGGAGUGGAACCUAACAAGUCUAGGGCGUACAUGUCUUUGCAGCUAGAGUGUGUGGCCCGCAUGCCACGUGCCAGCCAAUCUGACUCUCAAUUUCAUUGGAAUCUGUUUGACAACUCCAUAUGUCAAGGUUGGUGCAACUAAUAGUCCAUGCACGGACCUCAGGAGAGAUGGUCCGCACGUUCACAAGUCGGGCAGGGUGCUCUGGC